AUGGAACACUCCGUUUUCAUCACUAAACGCGAUUCCCUCGCUUCCGUCCUGCUCGGCCUUCUCCCUAGCAAUGUCCGUCGAAGCGUGUCCUCUCAGUCCUCCUACCCGCGAUCAGCGGCGGGCAUUCCGCGGCCCCCCUCUGCCGGCUCCAUUUUCCCUCCUCCCCGCGUUCUCCGCUGCAACAGGGUCCUCCGACGGCUGCGAUCGUCGCUGCGGUUCUGGCUGCAAUCGUGGCCGUUCUCGUUCACGCCCGUCAAGUCGUCUCUCUCACUCUCACGCCAGCCUUCCUUUGAUCGGCGACGAACCGCCGGGCUCUCCCCCUUCCUCCCCCGCUUUCCCCGCUUCUCCUGCCUACGGAAGCCGCACCCGCUGCUAGCGCUGCUGCUGCUAGCCGCGGCGCUCGUUAGCCUGUGGGAUGUAGAAUUCGUGGUGGAGAUCGGUGACGAUCGCACGCGCGCUGCUUCAGGCACGAUAGGAGGGGAGCAUCUGAGGAGGAGGGGAAGAGAAAGCUGGGGAGCAGAGGAAAUCUUCACAGGGGAAGGCUUACGUCAUCCGACGUCAUGGUCGUCAGCGUCAUCGUCCCACGCGUCGUUGCGCUCCUCGUUGCUGUACCCGUCGCUGCGCCUGGAUGAGGGGAAUCGCGCGGCGCCGAUGCGAGGCAGGCUGCUGGGCCUCGCGGCGCAAUCGCUGGUGGCGGUGAGCGUGCGGGGGGGAGAGGGGGGAGGCGGGGGAAAGGUGGUUGGGAAGGGUGGGAAGCCCCCAGAGGCGCAGCAAAGCAGUGGCAGCGCGAGCCGCGGUAACUGUGGGAGGAGCCUCCAGAGGCGCACCAGUGGCAAUGAACACUCCCCCUCUUCACCCCUCACUCCUUCCGUUUCCCCGUUUCUCCCACCAACCCCCAUUCUACCCCAUCAGAAGCAGUGGCAGCGCGAGCCACCAGACCUGUGGGAGGAGCCGCCAGAGGCGCUGCAGUGGCGCCCAUGUGCCCUUGGCGACUCUUCUCUCUCUGCUCCCUCCGGUACUGCUGCCACUCACUCUGCCAGCCGGUCACCGACGAGAGGCGCUGGUAGUGAUGGCACCGCUGCUGCUGGCGGCAGCAGUGGCAGCAGCAGCAGUGACAGCAGCGGCGGCAAGAGGGAAGAUGCGGGUCCGUUCUUCUCGGUGGCAGCAAAGGGCGGCCUUAGCCAGCUCAGGGUCGCGGUCAGUGUUUGCUUACCUGCGUGUCACUUGCUUGCAUCCCCAUUUAUCCACCCAACCCCCCUUUGA